UGUAGCCUGAACGAGAAAAGCAAUGGGUGUCAAGAUCGGGGGGCAAGUAGAGAAAGUGAACGGGAAAGAGCUGAGUUACAGUGAGUUUGUUGAGAGAUAUUUGGUAAAGAACCAGCCAGUAGUGUUAACAGGUUUAAUGGAUGAUUGGAGAGCUUGCAAAGACUGGGUCACUCCUAAUGGUCAUCCUAAUCUUCAAUUCUUCUCUACCCAUUUUGGAGAAUCCAAAGUUCAGGUUGCGGAUUGUGGUACUAGAGAGUUCACGGAUCAGAAGAGAGUAGAGAUGUCUGUUUCGGAGUUUGUGAAGCACUGGCUUGAGAAUUCUACUAAGGAGAUUAGUGAUAGUUCGACCAGUGAGGCUAAUGGCAUGUCCGUGCUGUAUUUGAAAGACUGGCAUUUUGUCAAGGAGUAUCAAGAAUAUUUAGCGUACAGAACCCCGCUGAUCUUUUGUGAUGAUUGGCUCAAUCUAUAUCUGGACAAUUAUCGUAUGCAUAAGGAUCCUGAUACUUAUCAAAAGGAUAAUGAAAUAAGUUGCUCUGACUAUCGUUUUGUUUAUAUGGGAGCAAAAGGAUCUUGGACUCCUCUUCAUGCUGAUGUUUUCAGAUCUUAUAGUUGGUCAGCAAAUGUAUGCGGAAAGAAAAAAUGGAUAUUUUUGCCUCCUUCUCAAUGUCAUCUUGUGUUUGAUAGGAAUUUGAAAAACUGCGUAUAUGAUAUCUUUGACGAUGUUAGUGAAACUAACUUUCCUGGUUUUAAGAAGGCUAUCUGGUUGGAGUGCACUCAAGAAGAAAAUGAAAUCAUCUUUGUUCCUAGUGGGUGGUAUCAUCAAGUUCAAAAUCUGGAAGAUACAAUAUCCAUAAACCACAAUUGGUUCAAUGCCUAUAACCUUUCUUGGGUGUGGGAUUUAUUAUUGAGGGACUAUAACGAGGCCAAGGAGUACAUAGAGGACCUCAGGGACAUCUGUGAUGAUUUUGAAGGUCUAUGCCAACGUAAUCUUGCAGCUAACACAGGAAUGAACUUUAAUGAUUUCUUCACAUUUGUAUCACGCUUCACCUUACUCAAUGUGGUCCAACUUUUCCAACUACUUAGAGACUCCAAGAAUCCAAUGCGGAGCUCAUCCCCAAUAGCUCAGCACUUAGCUUUGAACCUUCUAUCCAUACGGAAGAUUGCACUGAAAAUGAAGUGUGUAGUUAUUCCAUCAGGAAAUUGUAAAUUCUUUGUGGAUUUGAGGGAAACUUUAGAUGAUCCUGAGUUUCUUAAACUGUGCAUGGGCUUUUCCAAAAUGUAUGGAAUGAUACACAAGCUAGAAAAAUGGAGUUGUGACAUGAAGAAAUCUUUGAUGGUCGACCUCGAGGGCUACAGUUAUUUGAUUUCUACUGUUGAAGAUCUCAUUAAACUUAUAGACUAUGCUGCUGGAAAACUCAGUGACAAUUACUCUGAGGAAAAUAUUUUGCUGUCUAAAUUUGAUGAUGCCUGAUUCUGACUACUCUGUCAUUACUAACGUUCUGCCACAAUUCAGGAAACUACUGAAGUGUUUCAGAAAUGGAGAUACCCAGGGACAUGUAUUUAUACAUCUAUGUCAGUACAACUUAACCACUUAAAUUGGUUGCUGUAGUAAAUUUUCUUCUUUUUAUGGGAUCUACAUGUUUAAUUACCACUUUUUUGUUCUUUGUUUAGAUACACUUUGUAAUAUCUGCCACACAUUAGCCAGUCAUUUCCAGAGUCUCACUUUAUUGCAAAAUCUGCAACCAUACUUGCAGUAACAAGAGCAUUCAAAUUUGAAAA